AUGCCUUUCCUGCCCAGCACAUGUCACGACCUCCGUGCCCAUCCUGAAGACUUUACACAAUAUUGUCUCUCCCUGGCCGUGACUCGCCGUGGGUCUCGACUACUUGGACCACGCCGACGCCAAAGCGCAAAACAAUUUCCUCUCGUGGCAGUUGACUCCUUCACAAAAUGGAUAGAAGCGGAGCCGCUGUCCGUCAUCACACGCCCAGCGAGUGCAGAAGUUCAUUUGGCGUCUCAUCUGUCGGUUCGGUCUCCCUCAGAACAUCAUCACCGACAACGGUCGCCACUUCAUCCGCACGCAAUUAGAGAUUACCUCACAGUUUGGGCAUUAAGCAUGUCACGGUCAUCUGUCGGGCACCCUCACACCAACGGCCAGCCGAGGGCCGCAAUAAGCCAUUUUGCAGAGUUACAAAAGCGACUCGGUGAAGCCACGAGUUUAUGGUGGAUGAGCUACCCGAGGUCCUGUGGGCAUACAGAUGUACCUCCCCAUGGAUCUACGGGGAACACGCCUUCAAACUUAACCUAUGGCCCUGACGCCAGCUUCCAGUCGAUGUGGCGAUGCCUUCAUUGA